UCUCAGAACAACUGGGCCAUUUCCCCCUGCUCCCCUCCUUUUCUCAGUUUUAAGCCCCGGUUCCUCCUCUUUCUGCCAUGAAGAUCAAAAUAGCGGCCUUUAUCGCCGGGAUCCUUGGGAUUUUGGGUGUUCUGCUCUUCCUAAUCGCCUUUGGGACAGAUUAUUGGCUCCUAGCAACAGAGGCGUGCGGAGGAUUUGAACCUGAGAACAACACACUUCACACCAAGGAGGGCAGGAAGGGAGAGCAGAAGAACGACAGCCGAGAAGUUCUUGCCUUUCACCAUGAAGGCUUCUUUUGGAGGUGUUGGUUUUUCGGAGAUUACAAAGAGAGCAUGUGGACCUUCUGGUUUACUAGUCAAGGGCAUCCGAAAUACUGCAUGAACGGUUACCUGUUCCCUAUGCCCAUCGCACUCGGACCAUAUCCACACCCUUCCUAUGAUGCGACUGCAGUGUUCAGGGGCUUCUGGACGGCGUUCAUUGUGUUAGCUGUCACUGCCAGUCUUGUCGGAGGGUUUCUGCUGGUGUGCGGCGUGCCCUUUGUCAACGCGCGCUUCUACAAAGUAGGAGGCGGAUUCCUCAUCACAGCUGGAAUUUUAUUUGCCCUGUUGAUUUUUCUGUUUGUGAUGUGGAAAGAAUUUGCUGCUGAUCUCGCCCAGUACAUACUUCUCGAAAGAAAGGAUCGAUGUGAAGAUGAGACUCCUGUAAAAGUUUAUUACGGAUGGUCGUUCAUCUUUGCAGCUGCUGGCGUCCCCUUAGUGUUACUUUCCGGACUUCUCUUUUACCUGGUUGGUUAUAGCAUUUCCAAGGAGCUGGAAUAAAAGAAGAGGACCUCUUCCUACAGUCAACAAAGGGAACAUUGGUAUCAUUUGGAAAUAUGGAGGGGGAGGGGAAAUCUUGCUAACGCGAACCCUAUUUAUAAAAACCUCGGUAAAAUUAAAUUCACGACAAAAGGUACUGUCAAAUCAAAAUGCUGGAUUUACCCUAGUGGGAAAUGUAAAAUUAGGUACAAAGUUAAAACCAGGUCAAU